GAAAUGUCUACUCAAACAAAGCAAACCACCCAACAACAAGGAAAGAAGAAGACUUCUGAAAACAUCAAUGCUCGUCUUCAAUUGGUCAUGAAGAGCGGUAAAUACACUUUGGGUUAUGCUGAAACCAUGAAGAACUUGAGACAAGCUAAGGCUAAACUCAUCAUUGUUUCUAACAACAUUCCUCCAAUCAGAAAGUCAGAAAUCGAAUAUUACUCCAUGUUGUCCCACGCUGAUAUUUACUUCUAUCCUGGUAACAAUAUUGAACUCGGUACUGCUUGUGGUAGAUAUCACUCUGUUGGUGUCAUGUCUGUUUUGGAAGCCGGUGACUCUGAUAUCGUUAGAGCUGUCAAGAUGAUGCAAAAUCAAUAAAUUUAAAAAUUAAAAUUAUUAAUUAAUUCA